AUGCAUUCCAAAUGCAUUCCUUUGAGUCCGGGUGUUUUGCGUUUCGGCGGUGAUACUCAGCGCUCCUCCGCGCGUGGGGAAAGAAAAAGACGCGAACGAUGUCCUCGCUUCAGUGCUUUUGCUUUCGCUGCUUCCGAGGAUGAGAAAGAGACCGGGCAGAGGAAUUUCGGGGAAACAGUUGUUGUGGUAACGGGAUGUUUAGGAUUCAUCGGGUCCAAUCUCGUCUCUCAUCUGCUCGAAAGAAGAAAUAACAGAAGCCAGGAUGAUGAUGUGCACGAAAACGUGAUUAUUAUUGGCAUCGACGUUCUGGACGUGGAGAAAGGUCCGUACAAAAAGGAAGAUAAGAGAGCGAAUUUGAAUCGAUUGGUGCACAUUGGGAAGAGAAGGUUUGUAUUCAUCGAUCGAGAUAUCUCGCUCGGAAUUGAGCUUUCGAUGAUUGAAAGAGAGUUGCGAAAGAUGAAGAAGACAAAGGACAAUGAUUUUGAUGCAGAGGAUGAUUCAAACGUAUGUAAAACGAUCGAUGGCAUUAUCCAUUGCGCGGCGUAUUCGGGCGUGAAAGAUACGCUCGAGGACCCUUUCCUGGCGUUUCGAGCGAACGUUGAAACGACGGCGAUUAUGAUUGAACUCGCGAAGCGCUCUGAAGCGAACUUUGUGUUCUUGAGUAGUGGCGCGACGUAUGGGGAUAAUUUUGAGAGAAAAAAACCAUCGAGAGAAGAUGAAGGGAUCAUGGGCGACGACGGGAAGUCUAUUCCGCAAAGUCCGUACGCGCUCUCAAAAAUUGCAGCCGAGGCGGUGGUGAGGAGUUACGCGCGAGCGUUUACGGAGAUUGAGAGGAAAAUAACGAUAACGAGAAUAUUCACCUGUUUUGGGAAUUACGGACGACCGGAUAUGGCGAUUACUCGCUUCAUGCAAACGUUGUUAGACGAUGAAAAUCGCGAAAAGAAACUGACGAUGUUUGGCGACGGUGACGAGAGUUGGAGAGAUUACUGUCACAUUUCGGACGUAUGUUCGGGGAUCGAGAAAGCGCUGUGGAGGGAAAACGGGUCGACGUGCGAAACGGUCAACGUUUCGAGAGGCGAAGCGGUGACUUUAAGACGGCUCGUGAGUUCGGUGCAAAAAGCCGCAUCUGAGGAGCUUAAAGCAUCGUCGAAAACAUCGUCUGAAUCAGACGACGAUAUCAAAAUCAUCGUCGAACCGAGAAGACCCGGCGACGUCGGCGGAACGUUCGCGGAUGUGACCAAAGCGAAGGAUCUUCUCGAUUUCGAGGCCAAAAUUUCUUUGGAAGAGGGUGUUGCCAGCGUCGCGAACUGGUACAACUCGGACGAAUAUAAAAAGCACUACUUUAAGAGAUGA